GGGGGAAGUAUGUGUGACGCAACUUCCGGUAAACUUGACAUGCACAUGUUGGUGUUGUUGUUGACGGUUUCGGAGUUUCGGAGCUAUGGCAAAGUACAUAGCUCAAAUAGUCGUGGCUGGCAUACAGGUUUUUGGAAGGGCAUUUGGAAGAGCGCUUAAACAAGAAUUUCAAGCUAGUCAGCAAGCAGCGCAGAGAGCUGGUGGCGGUCGGGAAGGGACAAAGCGAGCGGCCUCAGACACACUUAGUGGAAUGACAAUACAGGAAGCAAAACAGAUAUUGAAUGUGGAUGAAUUCUCCCCAGAGAGUAUUCAGAAGAAUUAUGAGCACCUAUUUAAUGUAAAUGAGAAAUCAAAAGGCGGUUCAUUUUAUUUACAAUCAAAGGUUGUGCGGGCGAAGGAGAGACUAGACAUGGAAAUGAAAGAUCAAGCCACAUCUGCUAAACAGGAGAAGCCUAAAGAAUCAUGACAUAGGGAGUUAGAUUAGGAGAUUAGAGAAUUGACUAUAACUAAUAGCAGAGUGGAUUUACAUACGCCCACCAGCUGAAUCUGAUCAAAAAUCUAGGUAAUAAUAUCUUACGUCAGUGACUGCUGGAUGGCCCAUAUUGAAGGUUCUGAAUUUUUUUUUUCUUUGAGACAAUCUGUGACACUGAUUUGAGACAGUCAGUGCAAUUUUUGGAGAAGUGCCGUGGACAUAUUUUAAUAAUCUGUUCCUAGAUUUUCGACCAGCCCAGCAAUGUUAUGAUGUACAGAAUGGACUAUGACCUCAGUUAAGUCAAGACCGAAAGGAAAUUUCUACAUAUUGUGUACCCUUGUAAAUAGCAGAAUCACUGAAUCCUAUGACAGAAGUCGCCCAUGUGAAUGAGUGUGGACUGUUUGGAAUCUAUAUGCCUUCCACAGGAACAUGAAAAAAGAAAACCAUAUCCUAGAAUUUUUUUUUUCAUCAUAAAGAUUUUAAUAAAAUGUGAAAGAAUUACACGUAGUAAUA